AUGGACAGUGUUUCGUUGUUUGACCACACGUCUGGCGCCGCUCCCGCCCCUCCCGCCACAGCUGACAGUGCGACUCGCUCACAGUGGCUUACUCGUAACGCUGCUGCUCGCUUAGCCAUUCGCAACCAUCUUCCGUUGGCCGAAUGCGCUCACUUCGGACAGCACAGGACAGCACAGGCAUUGUACGAUGCUGUAGUCGCUCGUUACUCCUCACCUGCCACUGCUGCUCUAGGCCGUCUUCUACUGCCCUACCUGUUUCCCGAGCUGUCCGCCUUUGCCACAGUUGAGGACCUAGUUUCCCACCUUCGCACUAGCCACGCUCGCUACCGUGCUGCCCUCCCCGCAGAGUUCCUUGCCAAGAACCCGCCCCCGAUGUACAUCACUCUCUACUUUAUAGUCACCCGCCUCCCUAACUCUCUUCGCGCUGUCAGGGACCACUUUCUCGCGCUCGACCCCACAGACCUCACUGUUGACUACUCGAGCAGCACCUCCUUGCAGCUGAGACUAGUGAUGUCGGAGCUGUUUCCACUAGUGGGAAGCGCCGCAACAGCAAGGGCAAGGGUGGCAGGGGUGGUGGGGGUGGCAGCGGGGGUGGUGGUGGGGGCAGCAGUGGAGGUGGUGGAGGCGGUGGAGGUGGUGGCAGCGGUGGGAGUGGUGGCGGGAGUGGGGGCUCUGGUGGCGGUGGUGGAGGCAGCGGUGCGGGUGGCGGUAGUGGCAGCGGUGGGGGCGGUGGAGGUAGGACUGGAGCUCAGCGUGGAGGUUCUGGAGGAGGGCCAGAGGCAGCGGCAGCAGCGUCGGAGCGAGACCCCGUCGCCCCAGCAGCUUCGUGAGUGGUUGUUUCAGCGUGGGGCGUCCGGGGGUAGUGUGAGCUGCCCGUAUUUCAUUCGCACGGGUGACCGUGCUGGUAUAGAGGCUGCUGCUCUAGGUGCUAGUGAGUCUUCUCUCCCUAGUACUCCGCCUGCUGAGGCCUUGCACACUUUCACGCUAGACUCAGGUGCCUCACGCUGUUUCUUUCGUGACAGCACCACCCUCACUCCUCUCCCUGCACCUGUCCCGGACUCGAUGGUCACUACCACCACUCAUUGGGGUCAGCGUGUGUCGAUCUGCACGUGUACACGGACGGAUCGUCACCUGGCCACGUUCACUCGUCGGCCAGGGUCGAGUCUGUACACACUCGCUACCGAGCCUCCUCGGGUAGCUGCGUCUGCCCAGGUGUCCGCGUCCGGUCAGGUAGCACCCCCUUGCUCAUGUCGCCUCCUGUCGCACCAGACUCUUCUGUGGCACCACCGCCUUGAUCACCCCUCCCGGCCACGCCUUCGUGGCAUGCACUCCCGCCUCCUUGUCUCUGGUCUUCCGAGGUCUCUGCCUGCCCUCCCGCCCUCACCUGCCCCGCCUUGCCUUCCUUGCGUCGAGGGGCGGCAGCGCGCCGCUCCUCACUCCUCCUCGUUUCCCCCGACGACUGCUCCCCUGCAGACUCUCCACAUGGACGUGUGGGGCCCAGCCCGCGUCAGUGGACAGGGCCGCGAGCGCUACUUUCUGCUGGUUGUUGACGACUACACGCGCUACACCAUUGUCUUCCCCUUGCGCAGCAAGGGUCAGGUCGUUGAUGUUUUGAUCCCUUGGAUCCGUGCAGUAAGUCUCCAGCUCCGCGAGCGGUUUGGCCAGGACCUUCCUGUCCUGCGUCUGCACUCUGACAGAGGUGGUGAGUUCUCCUCCGACCUCUUGCGAGACUUUUGUGGUGGGGAGGGCAUUCUCCAGUCGUUCAUGCUUCCAGACUCCCCUCAGCAAAAUGGGAUUGCUGAGCGCCGCAUUGGCUUGGUCAUGGAGGUCGCUCGUACCUCCAUGAUCCAUGCGGCUGCUCCCCAUUUUCUGUGGCCGUUUGCGGUCCGGUACGCUGCGCAACAGCUCAACCUCUGGCCCCGUGUCUCCUUGCCAAAGACCUCGCCCACCCUGCGUUGGACGGGGGAGGUUGGCGAUUCGUCGGUGUUCCGGGUCUGGGGCUCUCGUGCCUUUGUUCGCGAUUCGUCCGCGGACAAGCUCUCCGCCCGUGCUAUCCCCUGCGUCUUCCUUGGCUUUCCCCCUGACGCGCCUGGCUGGCAGUUUCACAACCCCACCUCGCGCCGUGUCUUCCCAUCUCAGGACGUCACGUUUGACGAGUCGGUUCCCUUUUACCGUCUCUUCCCCUACCGCUCUGCCCCUCCCCCACCCCCGCCGCUCUUCCUUGCUCCCGGUCCACCUCCGGUAGACCCCCUCCCGCCCCAGGGUCCUGCUCCCUCAGGUGUGUCUCAGGUAUAG